AUGUCAUACCUGGAUGUCGGAGACUCAGACAAUGACCAUGAUGGAAUGGAGAUGUCAGGAGACCCUUUAACCCAGUUUCAAGGCGAGCCUACUAAUGCCCAGGGGACACAAUUCCAAGGGGUUAACCCCGGAUUUAGGACCGCCCAGGGGCAGACAGACCCAGUUGGGGAUCAGCUGCAACGUAGGACCAUUAACCCCGCGGUAGGGCUUGGGACGGGAUUUGGAAAUCCCGGUUCGCAGACGUUUGGCGGGAAUGUUGGUCCGGGACGCGAGACACAAAUGACAGGAUUUAGCAAUACACAACAGGGCGGGAGAAUAUUUGCACAGGCGGUUGGUCAACAAGGCCUGGUCCAGAGAAAUAUACCGCAGGGUGCCAAUCCAUUCGGCCAGGGCAUACAAAGGCAAACACCUGCUUUAAGAACCGCGCAACAAAGUUCAAUGAAUUUAAUAUCCGUUGAUGGGCAACAGAGCUCGCCCUUUGGAAAUACCCGACCCGUGGACAUAAAUAAUUCCCCUGUUUUCGGCACACAAGGCGGAGUGUUACAGCCUGUACCACGUCAACAGUUUUCCACGCAGCAGGUGACCAAUCCGGUGUCGAGGCAACGACCGCUCGUGCAGAUAAUCCGCUCUGAUCAGGUUGAAGACAAUAGCCAGGGGCGGCUGAUUCAAGACCCGCGCACCGGAAGAACGAUUCGAGUUCCGGUAACGAACAACUUAAGUUUCAAUUGGCAGCAAACCGGAAGACCUUCCGUUUCAAGUAGAAACAUUUCAAACACGCCUAUAUUUCCGUCUAAUGUUGCACAACAGCAGCAGCAACAACAGCAACAACAACAACAGCAACAACAAUUAAAUUUGGGUAGAGCGUCAAUAGUAACGAGGAAUCCGUUCCCGCAAGAUCCUCGGUCGGUGGGCACAUCUUUAGCUUCUUCCGCUGCACGUUCACAACUUCCGGCCCUCAGUGGUCCUGUUACGAGCCCGCAUCCGCCGCUGUUCCGUAUGUGUCAGCGCCCAAGGGCGGUACGUUGUUUCCCGUGGCCUACUGACAGGAACUUGAGGGAUGCUUAUAGGUGUGACGGGACAUGUCAGGGCCGGCCAUGCGCAGUGCCGUGCCAAUGUUCAUGUGUGUAUAAUGCAGUUAUACCGCGGCUUAUAGCGCUCAGGCGAAUCCGACAACCGGAACUGCGACCUAACGACGAAAAACUGUGGCGGACGCACGAGGAAAUAGCCAGGUUACGCGAUCAGCGCCGUGAGUUUACCGUUGUUCCGAGAUCGGGCGGUAUUCUUGAAGUCCGGCCGAAUUUUACCGCAGGCGCCGGUGCUCAGCCGCCUUCCCGUAACGACACUUUCGGCCUCCCGUUUGGAAUACCCGAUGAUAUUUUGGCACGCCUCAUAGCGCAACCGGAUCUCAAUCUUCUUAUCGGGCCCCAGGGUAUAAACGACAUGCUCGCCGGAGAGCCACCGAUACUACUUCCGCCUGGAGUAGCGACGAACGAGCCGCCAUUAGUAACUACGCCGGUGCCAUCGGCUGGCAGGCAGCGAGGCACUUCCGGUGGGAUCCCCGUACCUCUUGACAUGAUGAACAUUCAAAUCGACCCCACCAUCGAUAGCCUCCUAGCGGCCGCCGAACGGUUAGGAAUAUCUACCUCAGGUCCCCAAAUGGGAAGCAGUUUAGAUAUACCAACGUUGACCAGGAGUGAUAUCCGCGCCUCAAGUACACUGCCAGAUCGGGAGCGCAUUGCAGCUCCAACUUCCGGCGGGGGCGACAAUUUAGCCGACCUGCGCAACAUUCUUUUACAGAGAGGCAUCUCCGUGGAUGGCAACCUAAGGAACGCCAGCGGUGCCUCCAUGAUGACGUCACGUCCGCCGCUCGCCGGAAGUCAGCGGGACACAUGCGUGGCUCAAGGGCUAGAGCUCUGGUGCGAUGCCGCGCAGGGUUGGGGACAAACCCCGGGAGUGACGCAAUGGUGUUUGCUCAACUGCCGCGAAAACGCGUGCGAUUCGACACAAUGCACGUGCGAAUGUGUGAACGAAUUAGAGUUUCGCGCGCGCUAUAACCAACUAGAGCGUUCGCUGAGCGCGGUGGGUUGAGCGGAGCUGUUCGCGGUGUUGUGUAUACGAAUAAAUUAUAGUAAUUUUUAA